UUUAUUUGUAUCCCAGUUCUGACUUCUUCACUAAGUCAGAUCUUAAUUUCACAUCUCACACCUCUCAUCCUCUCUCUCUCUCCUCAGUACUAGGGUUUCAAAUUUCUCUCCUUCCCCCUCUCCCGCCGGCCAUCUUCGUCACUGUCAAAGAUCACGUACACGACAUUCGACUGCCAUGGAGAAUCAAGGCAACUUGGAAGCACAAAUAGAAGCAUUAUUGAAUGUAGAAAAGCAAAUGAGGCUUGCUGGAGAUGUUGUUGGAACUAAAAAGGCUGCGUGUGACAUUCUCAAUAUAUGCUUCGAAGCUCGUGCCUGGAAGACCUUGAAUGACCAAAUUGUUCUUCUGUCAAAGCGCCGAGGUCAACUCAAACAGGCUGUGACAGCGAUGGUGCAGCAAGCCAUGCAGUACAUUGAUCAAACACCCGAUCUUGAUACUCGUAUAGAGCUCAUCAAAACAUUAAAUAGUGUAUCUGCUGGGAAGAUAUAUGUAGAAAUAGAAAGGGCACGAUUGAUCAAGAGACUUGCUAAGAUUAAGGAAGAACAACAGCUUAUUGAUGAAGCUGCUGAAUUGAUGCAAGAGAUAGCGGUUGAAACCUUUGGUGCUAUGGCAAAAACUGAGAAAAUAGCAUUUAUUCUUGAGCAAGUUCGUCUUUGUCUUGACCGUAAAGACUAUGUUCGUGCUCAAAUCCUCUCUAGAAAAAUCAGUCCCAGGGUUUUUGAUAUCGAGUCAAAAGAAAAGAAGAAAGCUAAGGAAGGUGAUGCUAUAGUAGAAGAGGCUCCUGCUGAUAUACCAACGUUGCCAGAGUUAAAGCGUAUCUAUUAUGAAUUAAUGAUUCGAUACUACAAGCACAACGAUGACUACCUUGAAAUGUGUCGAUGCUAUAAGGCUAUCUAUGAGAUACCAUCUGUUAAAGAAGACCCUGGGCAGUGGACACCGAUUUUGAGGAAAAUUUGCUGGUACUUGGCACUUGCCCCACAUGAUCCGAUGCAGUCAAGCCUUCUGAACUCUACUUUGGAGGAUAAGAACCUUUCCGAGAUCCCUAAGUUCAAAUCACUUUUGAAACAGCUGGUGACAAUGGAGGUUAUUCUGUGGACAGUUCUUUGGAAUGAAUUCGAGGGUGAGUUCAAUAAUGAGAAGAAUCUGCUUGGAGGCUCUUUAGGCGAGAAAGCUGCUGAAGAUCUUAGGCAAAGGGUCAUUGAACAUAACAUACUUGUCAUAUCAAAAUACUACUCGAGGAUCACCUUGAAGAGACUUGCAGAUCUAUUAUGCCUUAGUAUUCAGGAAGCGGAAAAGCAUCUAUCUGAUAUGGUUGUCUCCAAGGCUCUGGUGGCAAAGGUCGACAGGCCAAUGGGCAUCGUUUGUUUUCAGGUAGUAAAGGACAGCAAUGAGAUUCUCAAUUCUUGGUCAAUGAACCUUGAGAAACUGCUUGAGCUUGUUGAGAAGAGCUGCCAUCAAAUACACAAGGAGACGAUGGUUCACAAAGCUGCCCUUAAAGUUUAAGAGAUCUUUGUAUGUUGCUCCGCUAGCCUAACCAAGAGCCUGUCAAGGUGAAUGGAAUGCUGAUAUUCAAGCCCAUGUCAUUCUGGCUUUCAGUUGUGAAGAAUCGCCUAUUUGUGUCUAAAAAGUGUUUUUGCCUUCUCUUAGUAAUAUAGGUGUUUUGCAUACUUAAAAAGAGUACAUGCCUAGCAUGGUGUUAGCUCUGGAACUCGAGAAUCCUGGUACUGCUAGGUUACUAUGUAGCUGGGUUAAAUAUUCUGUGCUCCAACUUAUCUGAUAAAUCAUUAUCUAGGAACCUUCAGAUUAAGGAGAAAAAAAUUACAUGGAAAGUUGAGCAGGUGACUGUUUGAUAUUCCUAAUUUUACCUUUUAGUAGUGAAGCUUUUGCUCAACUUUA